AUGGCCGCUGCACCGCCCUCCGCGUCCCGGCCGCUCGCUGCUGCUGCUCCUUCCUCUCCCUCUCCCGCCUCCCGGCCCCAGCCGUCGGAGCCCCGGUUUCAGGUCAUCUCCCUGAACGACGCGAACCCGCAGAUCCGGGAGUACAAGAGACGCAAGCCCCAUAGAAAGACCAAGAACGGCUGCAUCGCCUGCAAACAGAAGAGGGUCAAGUGCGACGAGACGUUCCCAAUCUGCCUCCGAUGCCAGCGGAAUCGCAGGACGUGCGUCUACCCUCACGAUGGCACCUCACCGCCCACGCCCAUAGUGACAAAGAUCGAAGAGGAAGCCGCCGGUGACCCGAGGAUGUCCCUGGGCACGGCUAUCGUCCCGGUCACCGGCCCCGAAGUCGGCACCUCGUCUGAUGAGCUCCUCCUCCACUACCGCAACAACUGGUUCGGCAUCUUCGACAUGCCGAGCCACACCGGGUCAUUCGUCCCCCUGGCCCUGAGAUACCCGCAUCUCCGCAGCACCCUGCUGGCCAUCUCCGCCAGCCACCUCCGCCACCAAGCCCCCGGCCACAAGGACUACCGCGUGGCAGAGCAGUACCAGGUGACGCUCGCAGUGCGCGACUACCAGGCCGCGCUCGACACGCCGUUCGACGUCCACGGGCAGAUGGGCACAGACUCGCUGCUCCUCACGGCGAUGCUGAUGAACACCCUGUCCAUGGUCCUGCCCUUCGACGAGGACCCGGACUUCAGCAAGGAGCCCGACAUCGACAAGUCGUGGGUCUUCAGCAGCAGGCCCGACCGCCUCGGCUGGCUCGCGGUGCAGCAGGGCCUCUCCCCGCUCCUCGCCGCCACGGCAAAGUGGCGCGAGAGGAGCUUCCUGGCGCCCCUGUUCCGCAACUCGGACGACUCGAGGCGGACCCUGACGGGCGAGGGCCACGCGCUGGACCGGGUGCCCGAGCACUGGAUCGCGGCGGCGCGGCUCAACACCGAGGUCAGCAGCCCGACGAGCGACCCCAACGCCAGCUUCGCCGACGUCAACUUCCGCGAGCCCAUCCGCGUCAUGGCCGAGCUGCGCCUGCUCGAGCCCUCGCGCAUCAACAUGCUGCGCUACUGGCAGUUCGUCGGCACCCUGACGCCCGCCUUCCGCCAGUGCCUCUUCGACCGCGACCCCGUCGCCCUGUGGGUGUUUGGCUACUGGCUCGGCCUCAUGUGCCGCUUCAAGCGCGUCUGGUGGAUGCAGCGCCGCACGCGCCGCGACUUCAGGGCCAUCCGGUCCUGGCUCGUGCAGGCGCGCCUCGCGAACCGCCCCGGGGAGCAGGGCAGGCUGUGGCGGAGCCUGAUGGCCGACCUGGACAGGACGUGGGGGUUCGAGUACGACAGGGCCAUGGCCGACAGGUCGGGCUUCUCGCCUUCGCAGGCGGCGAGCAGGUCGGUGCUGGUGAAGCGGCAGCGCACGCCGUCGUGA